AUGAGUGCCACCAAGGCGCAGUCUCAAAAGAUUUUUGAGAAAAUCAAGCUUAAGGCCGCAAACAAGGUGCGACCCCCACCCCCGGAAGCCGCUGCCAAGAACCCAACAUGGUCCUCGGUGCCAUUCGGAAUCUACCUUUGUCUCGAUUGCUCUGCCCACCACCGUAACCUCGGUGUGCACAUCUCCUUCGUCCGAUCAACAAACCUCGACCAGUGGCAAUGGGAACAACUCCGAGUGAUGAAAGUCGGCGGAAACGAGUCUGCGACCAAGUAUUUCCAAACCCACGGAGGUUCCGCUGCGCUCGCCAGCAAGGAUUCCAAAGUCAAGUACACAUGCAACGCGGCUGUCAAAUAUAAGGAAGAGCUCAAGAAGCGCGCUGCGCUUGAUGCGCAACAGUAUCCUGGAGAGGUUGUCAUUACAGAUCUCCCCGCCGGCACCCCUGAAGAUGGAUCUAGCACCCCCGCUGGCGAUGCGGAUGACGACUUCUUUUCCUCCUGGGACAAGCCCUCGAUCAAGCGUCCCAGCAACCCUCCAUCGCGCACCGGUACUCCGCCAGUCGUCAGUCGCACCGGCUCUCCUUUCCUGAACGCAGGUGCCAACGCCAAUGGGUCCCGCUCCAAGUCCCCUUUGUCUGCAUCUGAAGAGAAGAGCGCCUCUCCCGCGCCAACCGCCAUUCGCCCCACCACUGCUGCUCGAAAGACCACUACAUCUAGCACCGCCAAGAAGGGCAGCCUGCUCGGUGCUAAGAAGGCGCCGAAGUUGGGAGCCAAGAAGGUCGCUGCGGCUGAUCUGAUUGAUUUCGAUGAGGCUGAGCGUAAGGCUAAGGAAGAGGCCGAGCGCAUUGAAAAGCUUGGCUACGACCCCGAGGCCGAACAAGCAGAGGCCGAGGCCAAGAAGGCUGCGACCGCUGCCGCUGCCGUGCCGAUUGCGGCUCCUACUCCUGUCAGCCCCGCUGGCAAGUCUCAUGAGCGACAGUCGAGCGAUGUCGAACGGCUAGGCAUGGGCAUGAACAGACUCGGCUUCGGUCAGGUGUCGAAGCCUGCUGCCCCCAAGAAGCCGACCUUUGGAUCCGUCGGUCCUGCCAAGCCCAACCCUGCUGAUGAUGCCGAGCUCGCUCAGACCAGGACCCGAUUCGGUACCCAGAAGGGUAUUUCUUCCGACGAGUUCUUCGGGCGUGAGCGAUUUGACCCCGCUGCGCAGUCAGAGGCCAAGGAACGUCUUCGUCAAUUCGAUAGCGCUACAUCCAUCUCCAGCAACAACUACUUCGGCCGGCCCGAGGAUGAGAUCAAUGCACUUGAUGAUGGUUACGGCGAUAUGGAAGUUGCGGCCAAGGAUUUCAUCCGCCGCUUCGGCAUCACUGCCGGAGACGAUCUUGAGAACCUCUCGCAUCUUGUCGGUGAGGGUGCUACCAAGCUGCAAGGUGCUAUCCGCACUUACCUGAACAACUAG